AUGUUCGCUCAAAAGAGGCUCGGAAAGGAGCUCUCCAAUAUCCACAAAUCACUCCCACCGGGGAUAUCUAUCGCCUCGGCAUCGGACUUCAGUAACUGGAAGAUGGAUAUUCAAGUACUCGAUACCAACCCGUUAUACGCCGAUCAAAUCUACAGGCUUAACUUCAAAUUUUCCGGAUCGUACCCAAUCGAAGCUCCAGAAGUGACAUUUAUCAAAGAGGAUGGACGUGAUAUCCCAAUGCACCCUCAUAUUUACUCGAAUGGUGUGAUCUGUCUUGAUCUUUUGGGAACGAAUUGGUCGCCAGUUCAAAAUGUUGAAUCGGUGUGCAUGUCAAUCCAAAGCAUGCUGACAAGCAAUACGAAGAAUGAACGUCCGCCUGGGGAUGAAACCUUCGUUCGCUCUGGUUAUCGGUCGCCGAGGAAUAUUAACUUCGUUUAUGACGAUAAUACCGUUUAA